AUGGCGCUCAAUGACUUCUUGGCCGACGAAUCUACCGGCAAGACUUCGUGGGCCGACGAGAUGGACGACCUUCCCAUCUCCUCUGCUCCUCGCGAGUCCAGCUACCGCCGCGGAGGCGACUUUCUCUCCGGCGUUCCAGACCGUGUUGACCGUGACCGUGGCUUGGAGCGCUCCGAUCGCAGCUACCCUCCUCGUGAGGAGCUCCCUCUUCCAGACAAGCCUCCCUUCACCGCCUUCGUCGGCAACCUCUCCUUCGACGUAAUGGAGGCCGAUGUCCAAGAGUUCUUCGUCCCCGCCAAGAUUGUCAGCGUCCGUAUCGUCACCGGCCCCGAUGGCAAGCCCAAAGGCUUUGGCUACGUUGAAUUUCAGACUCAGGACGACUUGAAGACCGCCCUCGACCGAAGCGGUGGCCAGCUCGCCAGCAGGACCGUUCGCAUUAGCGUUGCCGAGCCUCCUAAGAGCGCUUUUGGUGGUGACCGCCCCAUGCACAACAGUCAGGCUGAUGACGCUUCCCAGUGGCGUCGUGCCGGCCCUCUCCCUCCUGCAGAGCCUCGUGGCGGCUUUGCUCCUCGUCCUGAGCGCUCCGGCGUGCCCCGCACCGAAGGCUCUGGCUUCGACAACAUGGAUGUCGCUGGCGGCGUCCGAAGCGGUUUCGGUGCCAAGUUCCAGUCUGCUCCUCCUUCCAAUCGUCCUCCUCGCGAUGCUGCGUCUCUUGAACCCAGCCAGGGUGACCUUGCCACUCAGUGGAGGACUGGCAAGCCGGUCGAGGGCCGCUCCCCUGCCAACUCGCGUCGUCCAUCCGGUAUGGCCGACUCUGACUCGCGACGACCCUCCUACCGUCAACGCAACGAGGCCAACGAAGUCGACGACCGCUUCACUUCGCAAGAGCGAAUGGGCUUUGGCUCCAAGUUGGCUCCUGACCAGACUACCCCCGAGAGCCCCGGCAACGCAAAGAAGGGCUUCGGCUUUGGUGCUGCUGAGCGACGUGGCAGUGGCCAGAACGCCGGUGCUGCUCCCGCCUCGGAUGCUACUGACAACUGGCGAUCUGCCAAGAAACCGACUUCGGGCUCCUCCAGCCCAGCUCCUUCCGCUGCCGCUCCUGCUGAGCGCAAGAAGCUUGACUUGAAGCCACGAUCCGCUGAGCCCACCACCGCUGCCGCUGCUGCCGACAACACUGGCUCUUCCAAGCCCAGCCCUUUCGGCAACGCAAAGCCUGUCAACGCAGCUGAGCGUGAGCGACAGAUUGAAGAGAAGCUUGCACAGAGGGAGAAGGAGAGACAAGAGGAACUCAAGGCAAAGAAGGACAAGGCCAAGGCUGAAAAGGACAAGAAGGAUAAGACUGAGGCUCCUGCUGCUGCUGCCACCACUGACAAGCCUCAAGCUGACAAUGUGGCCACCGAUGCUUCCCCAGCUACAGAGAACGCUGCGCCUGCAGCUGCCAAGGCACCCCGUGCUGUGCCACCCACUGGCGCAUGGGGCCAGGGACGCAAACCGUCUGGCGCUCUCGUUGGCGAUGAGCAGGCCCCGGACGUAUCUGAGGAGGGCGAGGAGAACAAGUCGACUGAUGCUGAGGUAGACAAGGUGGCUGAAAAGGUCGAGGAGAUCAAGCUCGACGCAUAA